AUGGAGUCUCUGGGAGCAAUUUCUGAGCUCAACUGGAACUUCGCUGAUGAGUUUGAAGUUAUAAUGAAACAGCUGUUUGGUGCUUAUCCUGAUCUCGACGAGCAAAAUCAAGAAGCGAGUUUAGAGAUCAACCCGAUGUUUUGGUCAGAUCAAAGUGCAGGUUCUUAUAGUUCUCUGGAUGAUCUCAGUUCAUACUGGCUUGGUACUAGUAAUGCUAAUUGUACUAGUACUAGUAGUUUUUUUGUUUCACCUGAAUUCAUAGAAUCCGUGAGCCAUUUCACGCCAGAAGAGCAAAUGUCUGGAUCUUCCACCAUGAUUACUCAUGAAUAUCAGGUUGAAGGUCUCAUUUGCUCGAAAGACGAUGAAAAUGAACCAAACGAUGAUGCCACAGACACAACUUCAGAGGCUAAAAGGAAGUUACCUGAACCUGAAAGUGAAAUUCCAACUGAAAGUUCGAAGGAGAAGGCUCGGGUCUCAGUGCAGGUUCAGAAAAGAUUGAAGUCUGUUAAAUCUAAGAAAGCUCAGAAAAAUAAUGGUGCUUCUGAGGAAACCCCGAGCAAUGCUAGCUUUAGCUCUGAGGAAGAAACGAACGUUUCUCACGAAGAGAAUGUAGGUACAGGCAACAGCGCUAAAGGGAAAACACGUGCAGGUCGCGGGUCUGCAACUGACCCUCAAAGUCUCUAUGCAAGAAAGAGGAGAGAGAGGAUUAAUGAGAGACUGAGGAUACUACAGAACUUGGUUCCUAAUGGAACAAAGGUUGAUAUAAGCACGAUGCUAGAAGACGCAGUUCGGUAUGUAAAGUUCUUGCAGCUUCAGAUUAAGCUUUUGAGCUCAGACGAUAUGUGGAUGUACGCACCACUUGCUUACAAUGGGAUGGAUAUCGGUUUGGAUCUGAAGAUUCCUCUAUCGCGACAAUGAUACAAAGACGAAUCGAUUAUUGAAAGCAAUCCAAAUUAAUACUUGAAGUAUAAGUUCAUCAUUCUUUGACUUUUAAAAGGAAUUUUGCGAUAAAAGGAAUUCUAGAGGCGAAAAUUGCUUUCUAUCACCCUUUGAGGAAAUUUCUCUCCUAGGGGAGUUGGAAGCUACACCAUUUUGUAUCUCAAAAGAAGAGAAAAAAAAAAGAAAGAAGAAAGAACGGAAAAUAAGAAUAUAUAAUUGGUUUUUCCUCAAAAAUAGCCAUUGUCAUCUGUUUAUCCUAAUUAGCUGUUCCGAGAA